UAAAUUAGCAUGUUCAAUAUACCGGUCUUAUAUACGUGUGUUUAAUUAUUAUUCUGUGUGUGUAGAUCAUAUGAUACAUCAAAUACACAUAAUUAAGAUAUUACACAAUUCAACAAUAACAUGAUAAGAUAUCAUUCUCUCAUAAUACGAUGCAGAAACGAGGGAUAAUAUAUAUAUACUACCCACUUCGUAAAACUACGCGCUGCAGUUUCUCAAUUUCUGUAAAUGAUGGCGACACGCGUGAUAUUUUCGGCAAUCAGAUUAUUGACGCUUGGACAUGCGAUUUUUGCGCUUGGCAUACGCGCACCGCGCAUCGCCAUCAUAGGAGGUGGUAUCGGCGGCGCCUCCGCCUCGCAUUUCCUCACAGAGCUGUCAAAUGGCAAUUUGGAGAUCGAUCUGUAUGAAGCGAAACGUAUCGGUGGCCGGUUGGCGACUGUUAACAUCGGCAACAGGGAACCUGAGGCUGGCGGCGCGGUUAUACAUCCCAAGAACAUGUACAUGCAGAGAUUUGUCAAACUUUUAGGCUUGGAGCACAAUGAUUCUUCCGAUACGAAACAUCUGUUUGGUAUAUGGAAUGGAGACAAAUUUGUAUUCAAGGAGAGUAGCUAUUCUGCCAUAACAUUGCUCCGGAUAUUGUACAGAUAUAGCUUCCAAGUAUUUAAACUUAAAAGGGAUACAAAUGAUAUGGUAGACAACUUUGCAAAGAUAUAUAAACUACAAGAUGCUGGCAAGUCUUUUGAGAAUGUUACUGCACUAGUAUCUGCCAUGAACAAAGAAUUUCCCAACCAAAUGCAAGUGUCAAUGAAAGAUUAUCUUCUACAUAUGGGUUAUACAGAGAGACUGAUCGAUGAGGUGGCCAAAGCAACUGUUGUUGUUAAUUAUGGUCAAGGUACAGACAUACAAAGUUUUGUUGGCUCUGUAUCUCUAGCUGGAGCAGGCUAUGAUCUAUGGUCUGUUAAAGGUGGAAACAAGAAGGUACCAGAGCAGCUGAUUUAUAGAAAUAAAAACGUAAAUGUCGUGCAGAGUCGCGUCAUAAAAAUUCGUUAUAUAGCGGACAAUGACGAAUCAGAACAAUAUGAAGUGACUUAUAUAAAUAAAGAUAGUAUGGAUCUGAUGACGGCUAAAUAUGACAUUGUAAUUAUCGCCGCCCCACUCACGAGCGAUCAAGAAUUCCCGAUAGAAUUCAUCAACUUCCCCAAAAAAUUAGAAUUUCCAGGUCACUAUCAGACGACAUACGCGACUUUCCUUAAAGCAGAUAUCAAACCAAAAUAUUUUGGCUUACAUGAGAGCUUGGAUGAUAUUUUUAGUUGUGAUCCUAACAAGACAAUAAUUAGUUCAAUCGGAAAAGUUGGCUUUGCCAAUGGCUCAUCAAUUUGGAAAAUCUUCAGCAGAGAGUCAUUGGAACCUGAUCUUAUACAAAAAAUGUUCUCAAACGUUGAUGAGAAAAUGACAGUUGUUUGGAAAGCAUAUCCUCACUAUUCAUCUAACACACCUCAUGUUAAUUUCAAGCUACAUAAUGCAUUGUACCAUGUCAAUGCAAUUGAAUGGGCUGCAAGUGCAAUGGAGAUGAGUGCGAUAGGUGGGAGAAAUGUUGCUAUUCUAGCAUACAAUGAUUUUCUUCAGAAACAUGGCCUCAUGUAUGAAGAAACUCUCAAGGAUAUUCCUAUAAUACUACAUAAUGAAUUACGUUAAUCAUAAUGCAGAAAUAUUUUUGAAAAUAUUUUUACACACACACACACACACACAAUCUUAAAUAUUACAAAUGUUUAGUAAAAAAAAAAAGGACAGUUAUGUAGUUUUUUGAACAAUAAAAGAAAUUUAUAUUUAUA